AUGUCGUCAGUUCUGGGGCCCUUGUCUGGAGCCCACGAAGACAGACAGUACAUCCCUGCCAUGAAUUUGAUGUGGGAUGAAGUGGACAAGUGCUUCGACCCAAGCUACAUCCUUGGAGAAGCUGGGCACCGCUUCUGCCAAACAUACGCUGUUAGGGCAGCCCAUGCAGAAUUUCCUUACGCCCUCCACUGCUUGUCGCUGAUGUGUGCUCUUGUGAACGGUGCCAUAGUGGCUGUCUUUGCUACCUCGCCAUCGCCUUUGACGUUGGUUGCAAUUAAUGUCAACUACGCCCAGACGAGAAAAUCAUCCUUGACAGGACACGCAGAGGCUUGUGGGCAGGAGUUGGACGCAGUCAUCUUGACGAACGCGGAGUCCAAGCUGGCGACAUAUUGUGUGGAAGAAGGCGCUCCUGCGCCAGUGCAGCACAGGUUGAAGCCGAAGCUAUUCUCCGCAAUGGUUGCCAGCGCAACACCUGAGGAGUGGUUCCAUCGAUGCUCGGGCAAUUGGAACCAGGUCCGAAAUGCUGACAAGUUGCCCGGAGACUGGUCUGGCCGAUGCUGGUUUGGCUUGCUGGGGAAUUUUGAUGAGGCCUACGACUUCCUGCUCAGCUUGGGUCUCUUGUCCGAUGGGCCUGCAUCCAAGGAGAAAGCCAAGGCAAGGGUGAACCCGUACCAGAGUGCCUUCAACAAGCUCUUGCAGUUUGGAACCAGCGCUCGCGCCACGAAAACGAAUGGGAGCUAUGGAGAGAAGCUUGCUAGAACCGUUAGCAUGGGGAUCACUUGCAAUAUGCACCCUGCGCAAUACAUCCCUAUGGAAAGAGGAGUUUCCCGGCACCGAUGGGUUCCUCUCACAGCCGAAAUUGCGGAACUGCUGGGCAUAGCCAAAGAGGCUGCUUCGCCAGAUGCCGCUGCUCAGGAGUGGACAGACGUUGGCCUUGAAGAUGAAAAAGCAGUGCAGCUCACCCAGAAUGCAGCGGGCGACUAUGUCCCAUCAGAAGAUGGGUACCCUGUGAGGCUCUUGGAUGGCAAGAUGAGCCGCCUACGGUUCAAACGUUCUCCUGCGUCGACGUCUGGGUUUGAAGCUCAGUGGCGCGUUGCCAACAGAAGCUUUGCCAUUCCAGCAGAGUGCUCCCUGACGGCCGCUGUCUCCCGAGUCACUGCCUACUUCGACCAACCUCACCAAGUCAUUGCCCUCACUCCGGAGGCGGAGUCUUGGCACAUGUCCUACCAAGGUGGAAUGAAUGCGCAAGCCCAUCUGUCUCGCGAAUCAGGGGAUGUUCAGGGCGGCGCUCGCUUUGGAGCCGCUCCGUGGCAAGUGGGAGUUUUGGCGGCUUUGCUCCUGGUGUUUGAAAUCUUUGUGGGUGCGCACAGUGUUGAAGCUCUUGGACGGAGGGAUUUGCAGGUCCAGAAGCUGAAGCAUAUUGCUUUGGGAGAUGCAGCCGCUAGCCCAGACCAUUUUCCCCAGCAGCCAAGUCCGCAACCUGCUUUCGAUUUGGCAACUUUGCGUGUUCCUUAUCAGACGGAAGAUUUUGCUUCGACCCAGCAUGGUCCCGGACUUCGACUUCCCCAAGCUGGCGAGGAAGAAGAAUUUGAACUUGAACCUGAAGAAGAAGAUGCGGAACCUGGGCCCAACUCGCUUGAAAGGCCUCCAGACAGCGUGGCCGAAGUCGUGGAGGACCUACCGCCCCAAGAUCCACCCGCAGGCGAAAAGCCGCUGGUUCUUGAUGAAGUGCGGGCAAGUGAUUUUGGUUUUGGCGAGAAUGGCGUCACAGUCCAGCCUGACGGUCUCUUCAGCCGUCACUGGACAGACCGGGCAAUCCUGAAGCACACCUUGCUGACCGGCAAGCCAAAGAUGACUCGCAAAGAAGCGUGUGACAAAAUGCGCACCAGCAGGGAGCAGGGCCGCCGCAAAGCGCUUCCGAAAGAGAAAUGGACAGCGGUCAUGGCGGCAGCCGCAGAGCAGCGUUCCAGCAUCCUUCAGCUCCAGGGUGAGACUUUGUGUUUGAAAGUGAUCCCAGACACAGCGCAGGGCAAGGUGAAGUACCACAAUGAAUUGAUGAGGGCUUGUGGGCUGACUUUGCGGGAGCUGGUGGCCGCCAUGGAGAAAGCAUCCAGCAACCAGGAAAGGAAGCGCCAGGAAGAUCGGCGCAAACGGCCCAGAGAUGAGGAGUGA